GGGUCCUGGGUGGCCAUAAGGAGGGCCCCGGUCCUUGACCACUGCCGUGGGCCCUUGGAACAGCACGUCCGCAUCCCCGGGGAGCGGUACCCGGGGUUGGGGCUGCUGUUCCGGACUCUCGCCGUUAAUUAUGACACUGGCCCUGUGGCCCCGCGCCGUCUGCAGGACGAGGCAGGUUUUCACCUCGCUCCUCCCAGUGCGGCGAUGGCGAAGCUCGGCUGAGGCGUGUUGUCACUUCAGCAGGAUUGAUCCCCCUCAGCAGCUGAUGAUCAGAGUGGUCUUCUGAGAGAGAGCAGCUUGAUGCCUUUGGUUGAGAUCUUUCUACUUUGAUGUUCAGAAUGGCAGAGUGUUUUGUUAACAGCACCGAAGCCACCUCCAGAGCACUCCUCUUGAGGGGUCCUUUUCAACCCACUUUACAGAAAUGGGAUUUUGGAUCGUAUCCUUGAUGUCUGCUGUGCUCUUCGUUGGAGUCCGGGGAUCUGCAGCUGCGGGGGCCUUUGGCUCGUGCCCUCUGGUCCCGAGGGACGGUUGCCAACAUUCUAAAAUGCUUUUUUUCUGGCCAUCAAACGAGAGAAUCCAGCGUAGAAUAGAAAGGAGUGUUUCAGUUUAAGAUUACUGACCAGUUGUUCCCAAGAGUGCGUGGCUGGAGCCAUAUGAUCUUAUCAACACAUUUGAGAGCCCGACCCAAACACCGAGAGAGAUUUCGCCGCAGCAAUGACUGUCAUAGAAGAAAGUCGCCCUUUUGCCCAGCAGCUAUCCAAUGUCUACUUUACUAUACUUUCCCUUUUUUGUUUUAAACUUUUUGUGAAGAUCAGCCUCGCCAUCCUUAGCCAUUUCUACAUUGUGAAAGGAAACCGCAAGGAGGCAGCAAGGAUAGCUGCUGAAUUUUACGGAGUUCCUCAAGGACAAGGUUCUUGGGCAGAUCGCUCACCUCUGCAUGAGGCAGCCAGUCAAGGACGUCUUCUUUCUCUAAAGACUUUAUUGUCACAGGGGUACAAUGUCGACACCCUGACAAUUGACCAAGUCACUCCCCUCCAUGAAGCCUGCCUGGGAGACCACGUAGGCUGUGCGAGAAUCCUUCUUGAAGCAGGAGCAAAUGUGAAUGCUACGACGAUAGACGGAGUGACGCCUUUGUUCAACGCGUGCUCCCGAGGCAGCGCGGCGUGUGCCGAGCUCCUGCUGGAGUACGGCGCCAAAGCCCAGUGGGAGUCCUGCCUGCCCUCCCCAACGCACGAGGCCGCCAGCAGAGGUCACAGCGAGUGCCUGGAGGUGCUGAUUUCCUGGGGGAUCGACGUCGACCAAGAUCUUCCCCAUUUAGGAACGCCUCUGUACGUAGCGUGCGUUUCACAGCAGAUCCACUGUAUUCGGAAGCUUCUCUAUGCAGGUGCCAACGUGCAGAAAGGCAAACACUUGGAGACGCCGCUGCACGCCGCUGCCCAGCAGCCCAGCGCCGAGAUCGUCAGCCUGCUCCUGGAAUUCGGGGCGGACAUCAACGCCAAAAACACCGAUUUGGAGAGGCCGGUGGAUUUAGCCGCUCCGAGCAGUUUAGUGGAGAGGCUGCUGCUCCUCCACGAAGCCACCCCGUCCUCUCUGUGCCAGCUCUGCCGACUGUGCAUCCGAAAUUACAUCGGGAGAGCCCGGCUGCACCUCGUCCCCCAGCUCCAGUUGCCAACAAUACUCAAGAACUUCUUACAGUAUAGAUAACGUAGCAAUUAACCUUCGGAAACUUGAAUAACCAGUACUUUCUCUUCUUUCUGUUUAUCGUACGUUUUCUCUAAAGAACUGCUGGGCGGAAAAAAAAAAGCCUUUUUGCAUAUUACUUAAAAAAAAAAAAAUCUCUAUCUUUGACAGGCGGUGUUGGUAUAUUGUAAUAAUAAUCGGGAGCCAUUUAGCAGCUGGUGCCAAGGUGCUGAUCAGGCUGAGCUGAGGUAGUGUGCUGCUGUCGGGAAAUGAUUGUAUGGCUUCAGCUUAACGCGUACUAAAUAGCUUUAGUGCUCUUAGUUUUAAUUGUAUUUAUACUUUUAAAAUGUGUUUGGCACGCCCGAACCACGCAGAGUUGCUUCAUUAUUAUAUGUGUUAAGUUUGUCCAUUUGGAGUCAUUAUUUUAUGUGUUUUUAAAUUUCUAUUCUUUGCGUACCUGAAAAUACUCGGUGAUCGGUGGACUACACACAUUGAUAAAAUAAAACAAAUACAUGCCA